CAUCCAUACCCGUCCGAGGAUCAGAAGAAACAGUUGGCCCAAGACACGGGAUUAACCAUUCUGCAAGUGAAUAACUGGUUCAUCAAUGCAAGGCGGCGCAUAGUUCAGCCAAUGAUCGAUCAGAGUAAUCGUGCCGUGCCUCACUUCCCGGGUCCUGCGGGCGCGUACUCCCCGGACGCGAGCAUGGGCUACGUCAUGGAUGGCCAGCAACACAUGUUUCGAGCAGCGGACCCGUACACGGACCAUGCUGCCGCUGCCGCCUAUUAUGGUCACCAGGCUGCCGCUGCUUAUAACUAUCCUCACCAUCUAUAGGCGAGGAACUUCCUGGCGCCUGAUGAGCUGGAGCAUCACGGUGCUGAGUGAAAAUUGCGUGCUCCUCCUCGCUCGUGAGCGCAUCAGUGUACAUAGUGAACAGCUAACUUCUAUAGUGCAAGUGAACAUAAAAUCUGAUCUUUUUGUGGGGAUUUUUAUAGUGUAGAGAUCUAGGAAGAACUUGAACUGGAAGUGAAAUUUUAAACAAUCGGUGGUGAUAAAGACACAUUUUUGCAAUUCAUAAGAUACGCGAACAGAAAACUAUUGUACAUAAGAACAAGAGAAACCUGUGUUCAUCAUCCUGCAUUUCUAUUGCAUAAUUCAUCUGUGUAGAACCUGGGACAUCGUGACCCAAAAACUGUACAGUGAUGGAAAGAUUUGUUACGUUUAUGUAAGGUGCAUUAGGUUUUGUUCGAAUGGGGGGACAUUUAGACUCUUCAGUUUUUUACCCAGAUUUAAAUAAAAUGAUGCUUUUUACCAUAUCGUUAUUGAAUAUGAAGUCUUUGAUUACCUGCAUGUGAGAGAACAAUUGAAUUUUAAUAUUUUCAGAGCUGAAUGUCGAUAAUGAAGUGGGCAAUAGGAAAUGAACAUUUUAACGUUAUAUUAUUGUUGACUUGUCUUUAGUGAUGACUAUUGUAAUUGUUGCCUUCGUUUCUUGUUCUUUUCCUCACGACAAUGAUGAAGGGGUGUUUCAUGAACUUUGCUUAUAAACGUAUUCAAAUGACGGAGAAUAGAGCAAAGUUUUAGUAUUCAGUAGGUGCAAGUAAUAAUUACCUGGAACUGGCUUUUCUGUGAUCUUUUUGGAUGAAUACAUAGUAAAUGAUUUCAAACAUGCGCGGUCAUUUCUGCAAGUCUUAAUACCUAUAAAAGAUGAAUUUAGAUUGAGAAAAGUAUGGUCGUUGUUGUUGUUCAUAUCAAGCAAGUUGAAGAAAAUUUUAAUACCAAUGUGAGACCAAACGCUUUUAACUAGGUUUGUAUUUCGUCUUCAUGUAUUCAAAUUAAGGAGACUUAAAUUGAUUUACAAGAAGAUUCUAUUUCACGAGACAUGCCAACUUAGAACGUCGUCAGCGAUUUCAAAUGGUGCUUUUUUCAUAAAGGUUUUCGAUAAAUUUUUGUUACUGACACUGGCAUGUUAUUAUGAUAAUCAUUUCAAAAACUCCAAUGAUUAGGUUUUCCCUCGUGCAUGAUCCAUUACUUUACGAGAGAUGGUACUGCAAUACUAAUCACUCUCUCAAGCCCCUAUUUUCUCAAUAAGACUUAGGAAAUUGAAACCAGGUUUGUGAGCCGUUGUUACAACUUCGCGAGAAGUGUAGUAUUAUAGUGCCCCAUUGGUAAACUGCCCGUGUAAAUACCUGAACCCUUUCCCUCUUCCCUUCCCCUGAGAUACAUCGCAACUCCCUGGCGGUGGGAUUUAAUUCUUUUUGUCGAGUAUUGGCCGCCAUUGUACAUUUGUAUCCUAACUUAAAUCCUGAAACAUACUUUUCCUAAGUAAUAAUGCUAAUGCUAAUAUUAAAAUAAAAAAUAACGCUAAACUUACUCAAGAAGUUAGUUCUUCGAGCAUCCUUCAAUAUUCUGCAAUAUGAAUGAAUGACUCCUUUCAUGUAAUUUUUUUAAUCUCAGUUUCGGAGGAUAGAUUAUCAUUUGGCAUAAUAGCUACAUUGCAUAAGAAAUCAACAUUUAUACAAUUUAGUCCAGCGGAAAACUGUUAGUUUGGUACAUACUUGCCGGUUCCUCGAGACUUCCUAGAUGCCUGCGUAUACGUUUUCCCUCUCGCAGGCGGUGACCAUAAGAACGUUCUCGAUCCACUCGUACUUUCUCCUGUGAUCUUGAGCUGAAAGAAAUCCGUCAAAACUGUAUACGAAAAAUUGAUAAACAAUGAGAGCAAUAAAACUGUAUACUGAUGUGUUUGUACCCUGCUGUUGUUGUGAUGUUCUUGUUACUGGUGGUGAGGAAUCUUCAAUAAAAUCUCCACGCGGGUGCUCAUAAGAUGUCAAAUAAUGUAACAAUUGUAAGACAGUAAAUAAUGUACGCUAUUUUCGAGAAAUUACUGGAAUGUAAAGACAUUAAAUUUACCUAUCAAAAUUAUAAGAUGAAAUUUGGAAUUUCAUCCAUGUUCAUACUAACUCAGCCGUUAUCACGAAAGAUAUCGGCUGCGUUCGAUUUCUCUCCACUAAUUACUUACUCAAUGUUUCGUUGAACAUAAAGCUGAUGCAAUGCAGUGGGCAACAUAUUGUGUAUAUUAGAUUUUUUCAAAAUAAACGUGUUCAAACUAAU